AAACGGAAACAAAGGUUUGCGAGUGGAAGGGAAGUGCCAGCGUCGGGUUCGGGGUCCGCGUCCGAUUCUCGCUGCGACGCGUACGGCGAGCAGGCGGCCGCGCCGGAGGGAGAGGCGGCGUGAAUCGGGAUCGAGAUCGGGAGAUGGGCCCCGGUCUGGGCCGGCUGCCCGAGGCUGGGAUGUGGCAUGGGCUUGGCCGCAGUCAAGUGUAAUGCGAUCCGAUCAGUGGUGUUGGAAAGUGAAGCUUUCCCCUCCGCCCGGCCUGCGCCAGCCGGGGACCUCCUUAACUUCGCCGGGUUCACCGGGCUGAUGUGGCCAGUGCUACUUGCACCAGUUCCAGUGCUGGAGUCCACAGUUGGGGCCCCCGUUCGCCCAGUACAAGAUCAAUUAUUUGACAUAAGGAGGCUCAGCAAAAAUAUCAUUUUGUCAGAAGCUUGAUGAAUGUUGCAACCAUCCCGAGAAGAUGUGGGGUAUGAGGUUAUCUGAUACCAAAGAAAAUUGCAAGGAAAUUUUAUGUUGAGACUGUAUACCUCUGAUCCACAAUGAUGGCCCACUGUGUAACUGCAGACUGAGAAGAGUGGAUAUUCAUCCACAGCAAUCUUAAUCAACACCAUGUCUCAGAAUAUCGACAAUUCUUAUAAAACUGGAUCAAGUUUAUCUGGAGCACCAUGCAAAGAUGUUUUCUUGGAUUUACAAACAGCAAAAUUUGAAAAUCUAUACUAUGGUCCAAGAUCAAUUCAAAGCAUUUCAAAUAUUGCAGACAAUCUUGAUGUUCCUUUAGGACAAUCAACACCAAUUGUACAUCUGCGAUCGCUGCUACAUAAUAAGAAUCUAUUGAAAUAUAUGAAUGAUGAUCGACUCAAGCAGUCACCUUUUUGUGAUUUAGUUAUCAUGGUAGAAGGAAAGCAGUUUUGUGCCCACAAAGUGGUUGUUGCUGUAGGUAGCAGUUACUUCCAUGCUUGUUUAAGUAAAAAUCCAAAUAUGGAUAGUAUCCAAUUGGACCAUGUUAGUUAUUAUGUUUUCCAUCAUUUAUUAGAAUUUUUAUACACCUCUGAAUUCUUCAUUCAGGAAAGUGAAAUCCCUUCAAUUUUGGAAGCUGCUCAGUUUCUAGACAUUAUUGAUGCAGUUAAAUUGUUGACCAGUAAUGAAAAUGUGUCCAGGUCAACCCAAACAGAAUUGUUAACUGAAAGUAACCAGUGUUUGGAAGAAACAGAUUCCCUUGAACCCACUGCCAAAUUCCAGCAUAGCAAUGUAUGCACCUUCUGCAAUAAAAGUUUCUGUUACAAAAAAUCUUUAGAAAACCACAUAACUAAAGCUCACAAUGCCAGCUCCCUGGGACAAGAAGAAAGUUCUGAGGCAACAAAAAUUGAACUUACUAGAAGAUGUUCAAUGCGAACACGCAAAUGUCCAGCAAAAUUUGGUAGUAAAAAUAUUGAUACCACAGAUGUCUCUGAAGAUGAAUGCUCUAGUAAAAAUAGUAGUGACACUGAAAAUAACAAUAAUGCCCAUGAAAGUCUAGAAAGUGAAGAUGAAAUGGAAGAAGUUGAAGCAAAGCUUGAAGAGAUGGUAAGAGAGGAAGAAAUUCAAGGGGAUGAUGAGAAUGAUUCUCUGGAUGCAGAAGAGAUUGAGCAAAAUAUUCCCAAGGAAUUACCUCCUGUCAUUUUACAGACUGGAAGCAAGAAGACACUCCAGUGCCCAAAAUGUGAUAAAUGUUUUGACCGAAUAGGAAAAUACGAGUGCCACACACGUGUACAUACAGGUGAAAAGCCUUUCGAAUGUGAUAUUUGUAAUCAGCGCUACUCCACCAAAUCCAACUUAACUGCCCACAGGAAGAAGCAUAAUUCACAAGCUGCUUUUCAAAGAAAGGAGCAAAAAUGCCCAUUCUGCAACAAGCUACAUGCAAGCAAAAAAACAUUAGCAAAGCAUGUGAAGCGUUUCCAUCCAGAUAAUAUACAGGAGUUUUUUACUGCUAGAAAGAAGAGGAGUGAAGCAUGGAGAUGUGAUGUAUGUAACAAAACAUUUACACGGAGACCUCAUCUUGAGGAGCACAUGAUUCUUCACACACAGGAUAAACCAUUUAAAUGUAGUUAUUGUGAAGAACAUUUCAAAUCAAGAUUUGCAAGGCUUAAACAUCAGGAAAAAUUUCAUCUGGGCCCUUUUCCAUGUGAUAUUUGUGGUCGUCAGUUUAAUGAUACAGGAAAUCUCAAGCGACAUAUUGAAUGCACUCAUGGAGGAAAAAGAAAGUGGACUUGUCUAAUUUGUGGCAAGUCUGUAAGGGAAAGAACUACAUUAAAGGAACAUCUUCGAAUCCAUAGUGGAGAAAAGCCUCAUCUUUGCAGCAUUUGUGGACAGAGCUUCCGUCAUGGUAGUUCAUACAGAUUACAUCUCCGUGUACAUCAUGAUGACAAGCGUUAUGAAUGUGAAGAAUGUGGGAAAACUUUUAUUCGCCAUGACCAUCUCACCAAACAUAGAAGAACCCAUUCAGGAGAAAAAGCUCAUCAAUGUGAAGAAUGUGGAAAGUGUUUUGGUCGUAGGGAUCAUCUCAGUGUUCAUUACAGAAGUGUUCACUUGGGAGAAAAAGUCUGGCAGAAGUACAAAGCCACUCUUCACCAAUGUGAAGUGUGCAAAAAAGAAUUUAAAGGAAAAUCAAGCUUGGACAUGCAUUUUAGGACACAUUCAGGUGAAAAGCCCUAUAAAUGUCAAGUUUGUAAUCAAGCAUUUCGUAUUCAGAAGACUUUAACGAAACACAUGGUUAUUCAUUCAGAUGCCCGCCCCUUCAACUGUCAUCAUUGCAAUGCAACAUUCAAACGGAAAGACAAACUGAAGUAUCAUAUGGAUCAUGUCCAUGGCAAUAAGCCUAUAGAACAGCCAAUAGUGGCGGUUUCCGAAGUGAAAAUAGUAUCUCAGGAGUUGCUGUAUGCGCAAGAUGGCAAAGUGUACCAAACAGAUGCUAAAUCCUAUUUGCAUCAAAAUAAGGCUUACUCAACUGAGAACAAAACAGCAAUUCAGAACAUUCAUGGAGAUGUGACACUUGUACCAGUACGGAUUGGUGCUGCCACAGUACAAUCUGAUGCUCCACAGCAUACAGCAACUUUGGUUUCGCAACCUCAUAACCUUCUUCAGUCCCAGCAGCCUCCUCAGCAAACUGAUUUUCAAAGAGCUACAGACCUUGCUUUUCUGGAGAAAUAUACCCUUACACCACAACCUGCCAAUAUUGUGCAUCCAGUUCGUGAUGAUCAAAUGUUAGAUCCUAGAGAGCCAUCGUAUCUUGGAACUUUACUUGGUCUUGACACAGGUACAUCUGUGCAAAGUAUUUCCAAUGUAGAACAUUAAGGGUAAGGAAAAGCACACUGUGAAGACUACAGUCUUACGUGGGAAAGUGGAACAUUAACUUUUAAUUCAAAAUUAAUCUAAUAUCAAUUGUGAAUCAUGUUGGUCAAUUGGUAUAAUUCACAGCAAUAUCUAUGUUUUUAUACUGUGGGAAUGCCUAUAAUUAGGGAUUAAAAAUGGACAUGUCAUUUUGUAUUUAAUUAUAUCCUUCAGCCUAUCAUCCAGUUGAUAAUGGCUAUUGUAUAUAACUGAAAUCAUGUCUCAACUCCAGUUUUACAAUGACUUGAAUGAUUUUAAACUAUUUAAAUCCAAAGAUAAAUAUUAAAACAAUCAUAUUUAUUGUUUGAACAUAAUAACCAUGCUUAUUAAAAGAUGGAAAGAGCUUUAGGUUGUGUCAUUUUUUUCCUACAUGGUUAUAUUUUGUGCUUUUAAAUUAACCAUGGCAGCUUGAAAUACCUGAUGGAUGUCUGAUUCUUGAAGAAGCAUUUCAAUAAGAAAUUAGUUUUAACAAAAAAUUUGGACCCAAGACAACCUGCUUCAUGUAGAUGUUUUGAUUAUUUUGACAGGUGGAAAAAGAUAGGUUCCCUUUGGUUCCAUUGAUUGAAAAAUUGAUAUCAGUCCCAUAUCCUGAACAUGAAUUUGUUUGGGAAACUUGUAUCCAUUGAAAUAUCAUGUUACCUGCCAUGCAAAACCAUUGGAUAUAAAGUAUGUCGAAAACUAGUUGAGAAAUAUUUGAUGAGUUCUAUGAUCUGGACUGUGAUACAAGAUUGAUCUGGUGAUGACUCUAAAGAUGAACUUUUCUCUCCUCCUAAAAAAAAUUUAAUUUUUAUAACUAUGAUACCAAAUGUGGAAAAUCCAUUGUUAAUCACACACAAGUCAAAGGUCCUGACAGUCUGCAGAAAUAUGGUUGGCUCUUUUAGGUUUACAAAGCUAUCUGAAGUACCACUCAGACCGAUGUCAGUUAAAGUGCAAUCAGGGAAUACUUUUGAGAAGUUACUUUGUCUACGCUGGUUGAUCAAUGCUGUCUACAUAUUCCAAUCAUGGGAGUUUUUCUUUUAAUCUACUAGAUUAUCUACUAAGGAAAGACAUAUAAAUGUGAUGUUGAUCAAUAUAAUUUUCUUGUUUUCAAGGAAUAGCUGAGAAUUUAUGGCAGUUGGAAGGUAGUGGACUGUUUUGUACGGAUUAGAUAAAAAAUAUUUCAGGAACAUUAGUUAUUAAAUAUUUAAUAAUUUGAAGUAUCUGAUUUUAGUAUUUUACUUAUUCAUUCUCAAUGAAUAAAUAAUAUUACAAUGAAUCCUGCGGUUUAACUUUUGGUUUAGUUUCUCUGCAACUAAUUUUG